AAAAAUCGUUAAUAAUCCCACGUCCGGUUGUGUGGCUUCCGGUGUGAAGGUCGCUGGCGCUAGAGGGCAGUCGUCGCACUUUCGUCUUUGCCCGCGAGACUCGCUGGAGAGAGGAGCAAAUUGCGCUGAGACGCUCGCAAACAAUAACCGCCAUGAGUUUUGACGUCAAGAAACUGAAAGUGAACGAGCUGAAGGAUGAGCUCCAGCGCCGCGGCCUGGAAACCAGAGGCCUGAAGGCGGACCUGGUAGAGCGGCUCAAGGCGGCUAUGGAGGAGGAGGAAGCCCUGGCAGAAUCCUCGGAGCAAGGCGGUCAGGGGGACGAGGGGGCCGAGUACCUUGACGACUUCACGGGCGGCGGCGGGGAGGAUGGAGGAGACGAUGGGGGGGAUGAAGCGUUGGAGGAUGGCGACGAAGCAGAGGAGCAACAAGAGGCGGCAGAGGACUACGGCGAAGGCGCUGUGCUCCAAGAGGAAGACGAGGGCAGAGAUUCGGGUGGGUACUACGAAGAAGAGGAGGCGGAGCAGGAGCCUGAAGUCGAGCCUUAUGAGAGCCAGCCGGCAUCCGACUCUGGUCACAGCGUGCCGGACUUCACCGCCGACGUCGACCUUCCCAAACCCGACGCCGUCUCGGAGAAAGCCAUCAAAUCCGAACCGGAGCCGAGCGACGAUGUCAAACAAGAAAUUAAAGAGGAGAUCAAAAAAGAAGACACCCCGGAGGCGGCCGGAGACUCCAGGCGGGAAGGCCGCGGGGCGGAACCGCAGCGUGGACGUGAUGGCAGCGGUCAUUCCGAACAAGUGAAGGUGGAAUCGGACAGAGGACACUAUGGCCGAAAGAGAUCGUACGAGGAGAGCAGGGGCUACGGCUACUACGAGCACCGCGAGGAGAAAAGAUCUCGCACGCCACAGCCACCUGCAGAGGACGAGGAAGAGAACAUUGAUGACACCCUCGUCACUAUCGAUACUUACAACUGCGACCUGCACUUCAAAGUGUCCCGGGACCGCUACAGCGGCUAUCCGCUGACCAUCGAAGGCUUUGCUUACCUGUGGGCGGGGGCUCGAGCCACCCAUGGGGUCACCAGUGGCCGCGUGUGCUAUGAGAUGAAGAUCAACGAGGAAAUUCCUGUGAAGCACCUGCCCAGUUCCGAACCGGACCCCCACGUCGUCCGUAUCGGCUGGUCCAUCAACCACAGUAGCACACAGCUUGGAGAGGAGCCCUUUUCUUUCGGAUACGGAGGAACUGGGAAGAAAUCGUCUGACUGUAAAUUUGCUGACUUUGGGGAGAGAUUUGGUGAAAACGACGUCAUUGGAUGUUACAUCGACUUUGACCAAGGUGAUGAGGUGGAGAUGGGCUUCUCCAAGAACGGGGUGCCCCUGGGUGUGGCCUUCCAGGCGUCCAAGGAGGCUUUGGCGGGUCGCGCACUCUUCCCUCAUGUGCUGGUGAAGAACUGCGCCGUGGAGUUCAACUUUGGACAGAAGCAGCCUUACUUCCCCCCGCCUGAGGGCUUCACCUACAUCCACAGUGUUGCCCUGGAGGACAAGGUCAGAGGCACCAAGGGACCUGCCAGCAAAGCCGAAUGCGAGAUUCUGGUGAUGGUGGGCCUGCCCGCCUGUGGAAAGACCACCUGGGCUGUGAAGCACUCGGAGGCCAACCCUGAGAAAAAGUACAACAUCCUGGGCACCAACGCCAUCAUGGACAAGAUGAAGCUGAUGGGACUGCGCCGCCAGAGGAACUACGCAGGCCGCUGGGACGUCCUGAUCCAACAGGCCACUCAGUGUCUGAACCGGCUGAUCGAGAUCGCCGCGCGCAAGAGACGCAACUACAUCCUGGACCAGACAAAUGUUUAUGGAUCAGCCAGGAGACGAAAAAUGCGUCCUUUUGAAGGUUUUCAACGCAAGGCUAUUGUAAUUUGUCCCACGGACGAGGAUUUAAAAGAGCGAACAUUAAAGCAAACCAAUGAGCAGGGGAAGGAUGUGCCCGAUCAUGCUGUGUUAGAAAUGAAAGCCAACUUCACUCUCCCGGAGGUGUGCGACUUCCUGGAGGAGGUGAACUUCGGCGAGCUGCAGCGCGACGACGCCGAGAAGCUGCUGAAGCAGUACAACGAGGAGGGGCGCAAGGCCGGCCCGCCCCCUGAAAAGCGCUUUGACAACAGGCAGGGCGGUUAUCGUGGCCGCGGCAGCUUCCCGCGCUACGACAGCCGCGACACACCCCGCGGUGGAUACCAGAACCGCAGCGGCGACGGGGGAGGGUACAGAGGCUACAAUCGUGGAAACUACAACCAGAACCGCUGGGGCAACAACUACAACCGUGAGGGCGGCUCAGACUCCCGCUCUGGAUACCGCAGCCAGUCGUCUGGAUCCAGCUACAACAGACCGGCUCCUUACAACAAGGGAGGAUACAACCAAGGCUACAGCCACAAUUAUAACCAAGGAGGGUACAACCAAGGAGGCUACAACCAGAGCAGCUACAACCAGAGUUACUAUGGCAACUACAGCCAGUACCCGGGCUACAGUCAGAGCUACAGCCAGCCGGCCGCCAGCGCACAGACGUACAACCACCAGCAGCCCCCGCCUCAGCAUCAGCCCCCCGCUCAGCAGCAGCAGCAGCAACAACAGCAGCAGCAGCAGACGCAGCAGAGCUACAACCAGCAGUACCAGCAGUACGCACAGCAGUGGCAGCAGUACUACCAGAACCAGAACCAGUGGAACCAGUAUUACAGCCAGUACGGUGGCUACCCUGGACAGGGCAGCCAAGGCUCCACCUCUGGCUCCCAGUAGCCCCACCCCCUUCACCAUCUACCCCCAUAUCCCUUCCCGGUGUCGCCUGCCAGAAAGAACGGAGUCGGGUUCUAACGCCGUGGUCUUCAUUCCUCACCAGUCCAUGUGUCGUUCCCCCCCCCCCCCCCCCCAAAAAAAAAAUCUGUCUUAUGUAAGGCGGUGGCGGCGAGGUGGUAGAUGCUAGCAAGCUAGACGCUAACCUGACGAUGCUUUGUUUGUGUCUGUGAAUGAGAGGAGAGCUUCAGUGUAUGAAAAGUCAACACUAGAAAUACGUCAACACGAACAAAAGCAUGCUUUUUGCUUUUAUUUCAACUUCUUUUUCUGUUUUGGUUCUGGAUGAUUUACUCCCACAACAUUUUAGAAGUGUUCAUGCUGUCGUAUUUAAGCGUUCAUGCCACUUUUCAGUAGAUGUAUAAUGCUUUUUUUUUUCCUUUUUUUUAAUCCCUUUGUGCUUGCUGUAGUUAAAAAAAAAAUUGUUUCUUUUGUACCGGUGUGGUUAAACUAAUUAUGAUCCGAGCUGUUUCUUGUCUUUGUACAAUAAAAGCCGUUGUAUACACCUGGAUGGAA